AUGGCCCAGGUUCAGCAGCUCCUGGCCCAGACCAACAACCGUAUUGCGCAGCUGGAGGCUGAGAACGCUCAACUCCGCAACGCUGCCGUCACCAAGGCCAAGCUGGAAGCACCCCCCAAGUACGGAGGCAACAAGGAGGACCUCGCCGGAUGGCUUGUUCAGAUGCAGGCCUACCUCCUGUACUACACCGAGCGGUUCGCCAACGAAGCCUCAAAGGUCGCAUUCGCAGCAUCCCGUCUGGAGGGCAAGGCACUCAAGUGGUUCGAACCGACCCUGAAGGACUUCCUGAAGAAUCCCGACCGAGACGACCAGGAAGACUUCACUCAGCAUGUAUUCCAGCGCUAUGAGCGGUUCGAGGAGGAGAUCCACAAGGUGUUUGGUGAGGUGGAUGAAAAGUUGCACGCC